UAAACAAGUCAUGCUAUUUAAUUUUAACAUUGAAAUCUUGACAUUUCACCUAUGACAAAAUUAAUUUAGAGAACAAUCUCAACUUCGUAAGUUAAUUCAAUCUCGAAUCAAUUCAAUCUCGAGCCAUCGAAUCUCACCUUAAUCUAUUGUUUACUCUUUUGCCGUGCGAUAUAUAGCAAGCUCGCCCUCUCUCUCUCUCUCUCUCUCUCUCUCUUCUGUAAGUCAGCAGAGAGAAGCCACGAGUUGCUGAGUCAGUAAUGUUUGAAAGAGAUUCGGUAGUGGCGCCAACCUGUGCUGAGCAAUUUGUCCUUAUCCUUUCCCACCAACAACGCAUCUCGCAUUUCCUUAUAAACCUACCACGAAACCAAUGCACCCAACUCCACUCCACCGUCGUCUCCUCAAUUUCACUCUGCAGAAAUGGUGAGAGUUGGGGUUUCCGACAAUUCCAGAUUGAUUUGCGCCGCAUUGCCUCCUGAUCAAUCCGUCGACCAAUUGCUCAAUGGCAUGCAUCAGGCCAUGGCUCAGGGCGCGGACCUCGUCCAAAUCGCCCUCGAUUGCGUCUCCGAUUCCGAUCUCACAAUCCUGCUCCGCAACAACCCCAUUCCCGUCGUCCUUGUUUCCCGGCCAAAAUGGGAAGGUCGUGUAUGCAAAAGUCACCUACAAUCUCUUCUUUUGGCCAAAGAUUUAGGUGCUGAUUACAUUGACUUGGAACUCAAGGCAGCAUCUGCUCUCAUAAAAGAAGAUAAAUUCCAUCAGCUUAAAAGUAGUAAAAUUAUAGUCUCUACCUACCUGGACAGCUUCACUGCUCUAUUGGAAGAUCCCAGCCUUCUUGUUGCAGAGAUGAAAUCCACUGAGGCUGAUGUCAUUAAGUUUGUUUGGGAAGCAGCCAAUAUCACAGAAGUAGCUACUGCUUUUGACCUCCUCUCAAAUAGCCAGCAGGUACCCAUGAUAGCUCACUGUACAGGAGAAAGAGGUCUUAUUAGUCAGCUGCUGAGUUUUAAGUUUGGUGGUCUUUUCGCGUAUGGAUCAAUCGAAGGAAACACGGUUCCUGGUCUCCCCAGUGUAGCUAUCCUCAGACAAGCCUAUGGAUUGAAGAACAUCAAUAAGGGUACUCAAGUUUUUGGGCUUAUCUCAAAACCAGUAAGUCACAGCAAGGGCCCUCUAUUGCACAAUCCCACGUUUAGACAUGCCGGUUACAAUGGAAUAUAUGUCCCAAUGUUUGUGGAUAAUCUAAAGGAAUUUUUCAGUGUCUACACCAGUCCUGAUUUUGCUGGUUUCAGUGUUGGGAUCCCAUACAAGGAAGCUGUAAUAGAUUUCUGCGAUGAAGUCCAUCCAGUUGCUCAGUCGAUUGGCGCUGUUAACACUGUCGUAAGGAGGCGUGAUGAUGGGAAGCUCGUCGGCUACAACACAGAUUGUGAGGCUGCUAUAGUAGCAAUGGAAGAUGCUUUAAAGUCGACAGACGGGCUGAAUGGGAAGCAGUUCGUUCUGGUGGGAGCCGGGGGUGCAGGAAGAGCGCUGGCGUUUGGAGCUAAGAUAAGGGGUGCUAGGGUGGUUAUCUUUGACAUUGAUUUAGGAAGGGCAAAGUCUCUGGCUGCUGCAGUGUCGGCGGAGGCUCUCCCGUUCGAUGACUUGCUCGCCUUCCGGCCUGAGAAAGAUGCAAUCCUUGCGAACGCAACGCCUUUAGGCAUGCAUCCACACGUGGAGCGCCGGAUUCCUGUGCUGCCGGAAACCUUGAGGGAUUACAAGCUCGUCUUCGAUGCAGUGUACAACCCGAGGAAGACGAGGCUGUUGAAAGAAGCCGAGGCCGCCGGAGCCAUCGUUGUUAGUGGAGUUGAAAUGUUUCUCCGGCAGGCUGCUGCACAGUUCAGUCUCUUCACAGGCAAUAAAGCACCAGAAGACUUCAUGAGAGGAAUUAUUAUGGAAAAAUUCUGAAACUAAAUGGAUUGAAGCAACUUCUAAUUUAGAAGGUUUCUACUCAUAUAUAAGAAAAAAAAAAUGAGAAAAAAAGAAACAUUAAUUUUAAAAAGGUGAAAUGUUGAUGUUGUAUUUUAAGCUCUGUUUCUGGAAUUAGUGAUUUAUGUAAUUUAUUUAUGUAACUCCUCGGUGGCAUGCAGUCAUGAGGAGAACAUUAUUUUAUAGUAAUCAAUAAUUUGGCAAAA